UCCCACUAUCCUCCAUUUAUGCAGCUCUGAUUCAAACACAUCCCUCUCUGCGAUAAACCCCUAUAAAACCCUCUCCGAGGAGAGACAUGUAUGUCGUUGGCUCUAAAAUUGUGCAUAAAAUGCAAAUUUCUUUUCCUAUUCCACCCUCCAAACUUCCAUCAAUUUUCCCUUUCCACCAUCCCAUCUUCCCUAAACAAACAGCAACAACUUUCAGUCUCCAAAGCCAGAACCAAGUCACUCCGUUAAAUUCCCUCAGUUCGUCAGGCUACUUGUCAGCACUCACCCGUUCAAUCCAGGAAGAAGAAGAGUAUCGAAAAGCCCGUGCCGCAGUCACCCGCAAAGGAGUCGACUUGGAAGGCUACACCAUCGAGGGACUCUCCAUCGGCGGCCACGAGACGUGUGUUAUAAUCCCGGAGUUGAAGUGUGCUUUUGAUAUCGGGAGAUGUCCCGCUCGUGCUAUCCAGCAGAACUAUGUGUUCAUCACUCAUGCUCAUCUUGACCACAUUGGUGGGCUGCCAAUGUAUGUUGCCAGUCGUGGUUUAUAUAAUUUAAAGCCUCCAACAAUAUUUGUGCCUCCUUGUAUCAAAGAGGAUGUGGAGAAGCUGUUUGACAUCCAUAGGAGCAUGGGUCAAGUGGAACUGAACUUUGAAUUGGUUCCAUUGGAUGUGGGUGAAACUUAUGAAUUGAGGAACGACAUUGUUGUUCGAUCAUUUAAAACUCACCAUGUUAUUCCUAGUCAGGGUUAUGUUAUCUAUUCUGUUAGGAAAAAGUUAAAGAAGCAGUACAUGCAUCUGAAAGGGAAACAAAUUGAGAAGUUGAAGAAGUCUGGCGUUGAGAUUACGGACAUCAUAUUGUCUCCAGAAGUGGCCUUCACUGGAGACACAACAUCAGAGUAUAUGCUUAAUCCACGUAAUGCUGAUGCUUUGAGGGCCAAAAUUCUCAUAACUGAGGCAACCUUCCUGGAUGAAGGGUUUAGCAUUGAGCAUGCACAACAACAUGGUCAUACUCAUCUAUCUGAGAUCAUUGAACAUGCUCAGUGGAUUCGGAAUAAAGCUGUCUUGUUGACUCACUUCUCCUCUCGCUACAGCAUAGAGGACAUUCGUGAAGCUGUACUGAAGUUGCAAUCCAAGGUAUCAGCUAAAGUGGUUCCUCUAACAGAAGGUUUUAAAUCGAAGUAUUCGUAGUUAAAUCAAGGCUGAUUUUGUUAUAAUCAGAGAUACUUUCCCACCCAAUGUGAAUAUUGUUUUCAGUUCAUAAUAGAUUCCUAUAAUCAUAUUGGGUGUGAAAGAUUUUAUCAGUAGAAACAUUGUACAACAAUUUUUAAGUCACUAGUAAAUGAAAACCAAUUUUCUUCUUCUA